GCUUUGAGAAGCUGCUGGAAGAUCCCAUGGGAAUACGCUACUUCACAGUGAGCCAUAGAUGCACACACACAAACACACACACACACACACACACACACACACACACACACACACACUCUGCUGAUCAGGUCUGAUGGGAGCUGUAUUGUAGGUGAUCUGUUUAUCAGGUAUGCUCUGUGUUGUGUCAUGCAGGCCUUCCUGAGGUCAGAGGUGAGUGCGGAGAACAUCCUGUUCUAUCAGGCCUGUGAGAAGUUCCGGAAGAUUCCUCCCAGCAGGAUGAAAGAGGUAUGGUGGGAUUCCUCUGUCUUCUCUUUAAUGAAUCCUAGCUAUGUGUUUGACUGUAUUUGUUGUAUACAUUUUCCAUGUUGACUGUUAUCUAUGUGCUAUGAGACAACUUCUACCUGAAUGAGUGUGUGGAGUUAAGGUAGAUUGAUGGAGCUGAGGUUACAGGUGGUCUGAUGACUGUGUUUGAUUCUGGUCCUGUAGUUUGCUGAGGAGGCUCGCUCCAUCUUCCAGACGUACCUGUCUGACCACGCUCCCUACUCUGUGAACAUCGAUGACACAGCUCGCAUAGAGGAGAAGGACCUGCAGAAACCUACAGCUGAAAUGUUCGACAAGGCCCAGACACAGGUCUGCUCUGCUGCCACCUGCCUUCCGCAUACACACACAUCUCACACAGACCAGCUACACCAGGCUACUGUACCUCAUAUAAUACCACAAAUUCAAUUCUAAUUCAAUUCUCUCUCCCUGUAAAUUCCAUUGAAUUCAAUUAAAAUUCCAGGUCAGUCAUUGAAUUCAAAGAUAAUUAAAUUCCUCUGAAUUUCAAUGUUAGGUAAAUUCCAAUAAUUCCAUUUAGAAUUCAAUAUUAUCCCCAACAAUUCCACAAAUUCAAAUUCAAAUUCAAUUCCCUUAGGCUUUCAGGCUGUUCAUGUCACUGUUCAGACAGCCUAGCUAUAUUGAAAAUAUGGAAACACAGGUAGAAUUUUUUUUAAACAAAUCCUACAGCCAAUUUAGUAUACUAUGUGCAUUAAUUCCAUUAACUGGGAAAUGUAAAAAUAUUUCAAUUCAAUUCAAUUCCAAAGAUUAAACUUUUUUACAAUUCCAAUUCAAAAAGUCCCAACAAUCUAAUUCAAUUUCAAUUCCAAUUCCAAUUCCAUAACUUGAAGAUUUUAAACAUUUGAAUUUUAUUCAACGUAAUUCUCCAAUUUAUGAGUGAAUUCAAGAAUUGAAUUGGAAUUUCAAAUUAAAUUGAAAUUGACCCCAACCCUGUAUAAUACACUUGGAAUUCAGUUCUCUGUUUGAUGGAGAUACAUUUAAAGCAGGGAUGGGCAACUCCAGUCCUCGGGGGCCGGAGUGGUGUCACACUUUUUCCCCAUCCCUAGCAAACUUAGCUAAUUAAACUAAUUGCAUUCUCAAUACACUGAAGAGGAGUUGAGACAGCGACAACUAAAAUUGUGAGACCAGCAAGCAGUGGCCACUGCAGCCACCUCUGCCACUCCUGAUCCUGAUCCUGGAGAGCCACGGUCAGACUAAGACUGGUGGUGCCUAUGUGGGUGCUGUCCAGGCAUGCCGACAGAAGAGGAAUGUCUGUGCUGCAGCGAAUUUGAUUGCAGACAGUUCUUACUGGAGAGGGUCACUGCACACCCCAUGGAUCGUGUGUGUGUGUGACAGACCAUCGAAGUUUCGACACACAUAUGGAUAGAGGGGUGCUGGAGACGUUUUUGGUUUUGCUGUUGGUAAAUAACUAGCAAUAUAAGCUAUCUUUUUACACAAGGCAGUGUUGUUCAGUACAGCACAAUUACACGAUCGAUUUGGCCAUAACGGGGCAUGCUAGUACCAAUAAGUUUAGCUAGCUAGCUUUGUUUACUAUACCCAAAAUGUACUGUAGCCUAUUGUUAGCUAGCUCAGUGCAUGUCAUUAGGAGCAAAACUGGAGCAAAAAUGCAUGUCAUUAGGAGCAAAAAAUUUUUUGAUGAUGAUGAUGAUGAUGAUGAUGACGAAGAGUAAAGGAAUGACUUUGGCUUUAUGACUCACAGUAAUCUUUGAGUAACUACACCUGUGUUGUAGCUAGCUAACGUGUGUCUGUGAGGUGUGUAAUAUUCUGCAUUCUGCUGCUACAGUAGAAAUACAGACAGUACACAACAGUUGACCAUACUGCUUGGUGGCCUACAGAUUAUUUUUGGAGUUUGUUAUUUGUUGGGAGAAGCUAGACACAGGACACCGAAUCCCCUUGCCUGUGUGUGUUAUUGGGGCCAUUCGAGUAAUUUAUUCCUGACACAAUGGACAGUAUGUUGGAUACAAAGAAGUUGAUGACUCUCAAGAGGAUUUGUGAAAGGUCCCAUAACAACAAUCUCCCCUUGUAUCAAAGUGACUCUGAACACCUCACUUAUCUUAAGUAUUGACUUUAGUAUUUAUUAUAGGCGUUAGUAGUAUAUUUUUCUUCUACAGUAUAUAUGUCAUACAUUGCCAUAACUGUUCCUGCAUACUGCUGUGUAUACUCACGGUCUCCAGAGCAAAUAGACUAAUUUACUGUUUUAUUGAAACGUUUACUUGCCAACAAAUGAAAGUUGAAAUGAUACACCAACUCCCUGCAUCAUUUGUUUUAGCAGUAAGAUUGUAGCUAUUUUCUUCCAAUUACAUUUCAUGAAUGUCACAGUGAAUUAAUCGAGAAGUUGAGGUCAACACUUUAUUGGUUUCUGUUGCAGCUGCAAUCAUUUAGUCACUUGUCAGUACACUUGUAAGAAAGAUGAUAUAAAACAUUUGAUCAAACUCCAGCUAUAUCUAUACAACAAUGCAGUUGUUAGCAUACUAGGUUUUCUAUAUUAUAUUGAAACAUCAGUCUAACUGAAUAUGGAUGUUGUGUUAGCUGAAUGUUCCAGGCAGGGUCCUGAAUGUUCUUCAGCUGAUGAACCUCGUCUUGUGCUGGGCAAUGGCAGCUGGUUUAGCAGGCUUAGGUGAUGUUGGCAGGGAUGUUGGGUUUGGGGAGCUGUGACUCUGGCUACUUGUAGACCACUGUCUUGUCCUUUCUGUGCUCCACAGCCAGGUGGACAAGCUUCUCCCUGAAGUGGUAGGGUCUGGGCUCGUACACAUUCUUCACCACCGACUGCUUCAACCUCUUGCAGAAGAUUUGGUUGUACUGCAAGUCUCCUGGAAAGAUAUGAACACUGAUCAUGAGGAUGUGUAAUCGUACAAGAACCAUGUUCAUCUGUAAACAAAAAAGGGUACGGUAGACUGGUACGCGUUUUGUUACACUCAGAGUCAUUGAUGGGGCAUUGAAAUGGUCUGUUAGCAAAGGUGUGAAAAGUUUGAGUGGUGGCUUGACUUGUAGACAGUCUAGUCGUGUAUGAGCACCUACAGCUGUGCUGUUGAGUAGACAAGCACUGCCAACAAUAGUGAAUAGGAUACUAACAGUCCCUCUCCCCCAUGCCAAAGAACUGACUGCAAGGGUGUGAUUUUUUUGUUGUUGGUAUUUUACCACCAAUUUCGUGAUAUCCAAUUGCGAUCCAGUCUCAUUGCAAUUGGAUGGGAUCAGGAGAGGCUAACAUCCGCCCGCUUAAACAAUGUGUUGGAGGAAACACCGUUCAACUGACGACCGAAGUCAGCCUACAGGUGCCCCCUAAUCCGGACAACGCUGGGCCAAUUGUGCGCCGCCCUAUGGGACUCCCGGUCACGACAUAGCCUGGGAUAGAACCCAGGUCUGUAGUGACACCUCAAGCACUGCGAUGCAGUGCCUUAGACCGCUGCGCCACUCGGGAGACCCCGGGUGUGAACAUUUUGAGGAGCACUCGGCUUGUGUAUUGGUGAUUUUGUUUUCUCAAGAGGGGAUUGUGCUUUCAAUACCUUUGGCUGUCCUGGCUCCAGGAUAGCAAGAUGUGUCUGCAGCAGGAUUAGUCUGUAGGACCCACACUAGUCAGUGAUUAGCCAACAUUUUACUACUUUGUCCCAAUCAAUGCACACUCAAACAAGGUACAAUACCCACCCAUCCCCCUCAUGUCAAUAGAUCAUGAAUACUAAACUUCACACACAAUACCCAAUACCAACAGACACCAAUCAUUCACCUACACCAUCUCCUCCUUACUAAUACCUCUGCUUUUCUUCAAUUUAGACUUCAAGCUUUGCAUAAGCAAUCAAUUAAGCCUCCAGAACACAGAGAAAAAAACGACUUAUAAACAUGCCAACUAUGACAACAAGACAUGGACCAAGUUUAUGCCUAGCUCCAGUAUAUUUAUUUGCUCAUCAUGGUCAUGGAAAUAUUUAGCAAAGGUGACUUACACUAGUUCCUGGUGCUGAGCUUGAUGUUGAUGGCGCUGCAGAUGUUGAUGGUAUCGGACUAUGUAAAUAGAACACAUAGGCCAGUCACGUUACGGCGGCAGGUAGCCUAGCGGUUAAGAGGUUCGGCCAAUAACCGACAGGUUGCUGGUUUGAAUCCCCAAGCUGACUAGGUGAAAAAUCUGUCGAUGUUCCCUUGAGCAAAGCACUUAACCCUAGUUGCUCUGGAUAAGAGCGUAUGCUAAAUGACAAAAAUGUUAGCCUCUGUGUUAGAUGUGGUCUGAUAGGCUGUAGCUAACCUAACAUUAGCUUUAAAAGCUACAAAUCACAUUGCAAGAUAGCAGCUGGCUAAUAACAUUAAUUUGCUUUGGAAUGUCUAGCCAGCGUAUUAUGAAAGCUAACAAACUAGAUUUUGGUUUAGAUUAACAAAUGUAGUUCGCUAGCUAGUUAGCUAAGUUAGCUACAUUACCUCUGCUCAACUUAUUUUCUGCUGCGCUGAUGUUGGCUGAUUGGAUGCUUCCUUCUUUGAAGUGAAGGGGAAAAUCCUUGGAAUAGCUUCCCUUUUCAACUUUCGGCAACCUGGCAACCCCAUCAGUUGAGACUUCAGGUUCGUUUCAAAAUCCUCUGGCUGAAAGUGCCACAGACAUUUGGAUAUUUCUCCACAGGAGUAUUCACAUCAUAGGCAGCAUUCUUUAUUGCCGCCAGCCACUGUUGGCUCCGAGGAAUAUCUCUGGUAGGUAAGCGCUGAAAUGUUACCCCAGCAGCCUGUGCUUGCUUGUAGUUUGCACAUAACAUUUACAUUUUAGUCAUUUAGCAGACGCUCUUAUCCAGAGCGACUUACAGUUAGUGAGUGCAUACAUUUUCAUACUGGUCCCCCGUGGGAAUCGAACCCACAACCCUGGCGUUGCAAGUGCCAUGCUCUACCAACUGAGCUACAGGUACUGAGCACCACACCAUGACUAAACUUUACAAUUGUUGUUGACACAAAAAUAAAAACAAAUCUGAUGUUCUAUGAACGAGUGGCUGGUCUAGUGAAUAACGUUAGCUAUCUGUUGACGCCCAUUCUCAACUGAAUCCACCUCGCCCGGGGUAGUACUACAUCCUGAAAUCCCUAUGAAUUCCGGAUAUUGUGGUUUGCUUACAACCAGGAAAUGUAGAUGGCCCGUUUCUUCCGGUGAGAUGCAGAAAUACACAUAUUUGCGUGUAGUGGGGAAAUUCUCAAUUGUAACGAUGCAUUAUAUGUUAAUAACAUAUUAAUGGACAUAUACAGUGAAAGAGCAGCGGUGAAAUUUCUCUUUAAAGCAAGAAAGUAGAGCAACUCAAACUCAUUACCAACACAGGUGUAAAAGUGAGGCCUAUGCAGUGCCAUGACCUGAACUGGUGUGUCUACGUGUCUGUGUCUGUUUGUCCCGCUCCCUCCCCUGGGUCAGAUCUUUAAGCUGAUGAAGAUGGACAGCUACAGGCGUUUCGUCCGCUCCCCUCUCUACCAGAAGUGUACCCUGGCCAGCGUGGAAGGCACGCCACUACCCAGAAUCGCCCCUGAGCCCACCAGCACAGGAUCAUGGGAGAACAUGGCCACCGCCAGCCCCUCCCUCAACGACAGCAAGAAGGUGGGAUGUGUUUUAAUAAUAACUAUGGAAGUAAUGUUUUGAUCAUUGUUGAAGAUUGUUGAAAUGUUUCUAUUUGGAUGUGUGUAAUCACAGAGGAAAAGGCGAAGCAACAGGGUUUACUCCGCCCCAAAAUCUGUCCACAUUAAGCAGAUCAUUCAUUAUUAAGCAAGUGAAUCGUUUUGGUAUGAGAGACUGUCGAAUUUAGUAAAGAUAAAAAUGAAUUGCUACUGUAUUUUGAUACGUGAGGCUUAUUUGAUCUAAUAGAAGUUUCAUAAUGCUUAGGUUGUUAUGAGUGUACUGAUAUAAGUGUGAUGCAUGUGACAUCCCGGCAACUUUGAGAAGAAACACUUUAUAUCGGAGUUGUCCCUGUUGACUUUUGAGACUGUAUUGCAUAUUCAUGAGGCUAGCAUAGCAUCUCACUCUCCAUUGAAUACAGGUGGUUAAAUUCAACAUCAAUGAAUAUUCCAAAAAGUAUUAAAAUAAUGAGAUGUAUCCACCAAUCCAAAGAGAGGAAUAGGCGGGAGCUUGACAGCCCGCUGUUCCGCUCUGUGGACAAUGAAACCCAUUGUUAGGGUGGAGACAAAAGCAUCUCGUCAUUAUAUCCACUAUCUCUGGUGUAAUCCAUUGCAUGGGUAUGAGUAAUAGCUUGUAACCUGUGUUCAGCAGAAGAAGGACAAGCAACGGGAGAAGAGGGGAUCAUGGGGAGGUAGGCUUCCGCUCAUCUGUAAUACCUAUUCUCUUCCCAUGGUAUUCUCUGGUAAAUGUUUACCACUCCACACACUCUUGUCUGUUUCUCCCUCAUCCUUUCUCCCUCCCUUUCUCUCUCCUCCCCUCCCUUCUCAGUAGAGGUGACGUACCCCAAGCUGAAUGUGUCUCGUAAGGAGUCUCAGAUGUCCAACAGCAGUGUGGAGUUGGGCUCCUUCUACAGGCAGAUAGAGGUAAAUCAGAUCAAAUCAAAUGUAGCUUUAUUUAUACAGCACAUUUCAGACAUGGAGUGCAAUGCAAUGUGCUUCACAGGAAAAAAACUAAUAGAAAACAAUGAAAAUUAAAACUGAAAUAUUUACUACAGAACAAACAUAAGAGGAUAAAAAACAAAAUAAUAUCAAUAAAAACUGAAUGAUUAAAAAGCACCCUAAGGAAAAGCAAAGCUAAAAAGGUGUGUUUUAAGAUUUAUUUUAAAUGUCCACAGUUUUGGCCCCCCUCAGAUUCUCUGGUAGGCUAUUCCAGAGGCUGGGGUCAUAAUAACUAAAUGCUGCAUCUCCAUGCCUCUUGGUCCUAGGCUUUGGGAUAGUUAAAAGGCCAGUACCAGAGGACCUGAGGGACCUACUGGGUACAUAACUUAAAAGCAUGUCUGACAUGCGCAGUGGUCUAAGGCACUGCAUCGCAGUGCUAGCUGUGCCACUAAAGGUCCUGGUUCGAGUCCAGGCUCUGUCGCAGCCGGGAGACCCAUGGGCGGCGCACAAUUGGUCCAGCGUCGUCCAAGGUAGGGGAGGGUUUGGCCGGCAGGGAUGUGGGUUUGUUUCCCACGGGGGGCCAGUAAGUCACUCUGGAUAAGAGAGUCUGCUAAAUGACUAAAAAUGUUUUUACUUUUUUUUUAAUGACAUGUAUUGGGGUGCACAACCGUGCAUUGAUUUAAAAACGAAUCGAAGAAUCUUAAAAUUAAUUCUAAAACUCACAGGCAGCCAGGGCAGAGACCUUAAAACCGGUGUAAUGUGUGCUCUCCGUCUGGUCUUGGUCAGUACCCAUGCUGCAGCAUUCUGUAAGUUUUACAGUUGACCAAUGGCUUUGUUGGGUAGACCAGACAAGAGAGCAUUACAGUAGUCAAGCCUGCUUGUAAUAAAGUCAUGGAUGAGUCUCUCUGUAUCAGCCUGAGAGAGAAUCGUCCGCACCUUCGCAAUGUUCCUCAGGUGGUAAAAAGCUAUUUUAGUCACAUUCCUAAUGUGUGAUUCGAAAUUGAGUUCAGAAUCUAAAAUGACACCUAGUUUUUUUACCUGGUGUCUUAUCUUUAUUUACCGUGAAUUAAAAUGUGCUGCCAUAUUCUCUCUCUGUGGUUUGGCUCCAACAAUAAGUACCUCGGUCUUGUUUUGAUUUACAGUUGAAGUCAGAAGUUUACAUACACCUUAGCAAAAUACGUUUCAACUCAGUUUUUUUUCUCACAAUUCCUGACAUUUAAUCCUAGUAAAAAUUCCCUGUUUUAGGUCAGUUAGGAUCACCACUUUGUUUUAAGAAUUUGAAAUGUCAGAAUAAUAGAGAUAAUUAUUUAUUUCAGCUUUUAUUUAUUUCAUCACAUUCCCAGUGGGUCAGAAGUUUACAUACACUCAAUUAGUAUUUGGUAGCAUUGCCUUUAAAUUGUUUAACUUGGGUCAAACGUUUCGGGUAGCCUUCCAAAAGCUUCCCACAAUAAGUUGGGUGAAUUUUGGCCCAUUCCUCCUGACAGAGCUGGUGUAACUGAGUCAGGUUUGUAGGCCUCCUUGCUCACACACGCUUUUUCAGUUCUGCCCACACAUUUUCUAUAGGAUUGAGGUCAGGGCUUUGUGAUGGCCACUCCAAUACCUUGACUUUGUUGUCCUUAAGCCAUUUUGCCACAACUUUGGAAGUAUGCUUGGGGUCAUUGUCCAUUUGGAAGACCCAUUUGCGACCAAGCUUUAACUUCCUGACUGAUGUCUUGAUAUGUUGCUUCAAUAUAUCCACAUAAUUUUCCUUCCUCAUGAUGCCAUCUAUUUUGUGAAGUGCACCAGUCCCUCCUGCAGCAAAGCACCCCCACAGCAUGAUGCUGCCACCCCCGUGCUUCACGGUUGGGAUGGUGUUCUUCGGCUUGCAAGCAACCCCCUUUUUCCUCCAAACAUAACGAUGGUCAUUAUGGCCAAACAGUAAUAUUUUUGUUUCAUCAGACCAGAGUCCAUUUCUCCAAAAAGUACGAUCUUUGUCCCCAUGUGCAGUUGCAAACCGUAGUCUGGCUUUUUUAUGGCGGUUUUGGAGCAGUGGCUUCUUCCUUGCUGAGCGGCCUUUCAGGUUAUGUCGAUAUAGGACUCGUUUUACUGUGGAUAUUGAUACUUUUGUACCUGUUUCCUCCAGCAUCUUCACAAGGUCCUUUGCUGUUGUUCUGGGAUUGAGUUGCACUUUUUGCACCAAAGUACGUUAAUCUCUAGGAGACAGAACGCGUCUCCUUCCUGAGCGGUAUGACGGCUGCGUGGUCCCAUGGUGUUUAUACUUGCGUACUAUUGUUUGUACAGAUGAACAUGGUACCUUCAGGCGUUUGGAAAUUGCUCCCAAGGAUGAACCAGACUUGUGGAGGUCUACAAUUAUUUUUCUGAGGUCUUGGCUGAUUUCUUUUGAUUUUCCCAUGAUGUCAAGCAAAGAGGGACUGAGUUUGAAGGUAGCCCUUGAAAUACAUCCACAGGAACACCUCCAAUUGACUCAAAUUAUGUCAAUUAGCCUAUCAGAAGCUUCUAAAGCCAUGGCAUCAUUUUCUGGAAUUUUCCAAGCUGUUUAAAGGCACAGUCAACUUAGUGUAUGUAAACCUCUGACCCACUGGAAUUGUGAUACAGUGAAUUAUAAGUGAAAUAAUCUGUCUGUAAACAAUUGUUGGAAAAAUUACUUGUGUCAUGCACAAAGUAGAUGUCCUAACCGACCUGCCAAAACUAUAGUUUGUUAACAAGAAAUUUGUGGAGUGUUUGAAAAAAUCGAGUUUGAAAGACUCCAACCUAAGUGUAAAUAAAGUUCCGACUUCAUCUGUAGCUGGAGGAAGUUGUGAGCCAUCCAAGUAGUUAAAUCACUAAUACACUCUAAUAAUUUAUCCGUGGAGCUAAAAUCCUCUGAUGACACAGAAAUAUGAAGUUGUGUAUCGUCUGCAUAGCAGUAAAAAUCAAUCCUGUGCUUUCUGAUAAUGCUGAUAAAUGCAUCAUACUGGGCUUGACUCGGUCAUCUGGGCUGUGGGAGGAGAAUAAGGUGGCAUACCAUAUGUUGUAUGUAGAAAAAUAUAGACUUGUAUGAUUAAGUGUAUUCACUUAUUUACUUCCUCUCCUCCUGCUCCCAUCUCUUUCCUUCCCUCUCUCCCUCUUUCGCGCUCCCCCACUCCCACUCUCUCUUCCUUCUCUCCCUCCCUCUCUGGUCCAGAACGGUCGCUCCAGUCCCCGUCCCUCAGACCAGGGGCAGGGUGAUGGAGGUGGUGGUAGUGUGGAGGGGGGUUACUGCUGUGUCUACCUGCCUGACGGUAGUGCCUCUCUGGCCCCUACACGGCCCAGCCUCCCCCUCAGAGAAAUGCUGUCAGGCCUCUGUGAGAAGAGAGGCUUCCCCCUCAAAGACAUCCUCAUCUACCUUCACAGCAAUGACAGGGUGAGCCCAGGCCUGCACUUUCAGCUCAAGUCCCACUUUAUCACCCCAUUUCAGGGACUGAGCUCUGUUUUUAAAGUUAUAUUCUAUUCUAUAGUGACGUUAUCUAUUGUCAGUGUAUCUGCUCUCCCUACAGCAGCCACUAUCUCUGGAGCAGGACUGUUCAGUACUGAGGGACCAGCAGCUCUCGCUGGAGCUGAGGGUGACGUUCGCGUAAGUCUCACUCAGCCUCAAUGUGUUUGUGGGUUUAUGUGUUAAUGUACCCAGGGUAUGUAUGUGUGUGAUGAAUAAGUAAGAUGGCACUCUGCUUCUAAUUCCUAAGCAACUUUGCAGUAUAUUUUUUUUAGGUGUUAUUUCUUUAAUUAAUACCCCCAAAAAUGUUUUGGUGUUAUUACAUAAAGCCGGAAAUAACUUUUGGAUAUCAGAGUGACGGUAACUCACCAGCAUUUCGACCAGAAAUACGACUUUCCUGAAUUGGGUCCUUUGUUCGUACCCGCCCAAGGCAAUUUAACUUAUUCACAUUUACAUUUUAGUAAUUUAGCAGACGCUCUUAUCCAGAGCAACUUACAGUUAGUGAGUGCAUACAUUGUUUUUUUGUUGUUGUUUUUCAUACUGGCCCCCCGUGGGAAUCGAACCCACAACCCUGGCAUUGCAAGCACUAUGCUCUACCAACUGAGCUACACAGGGCUAAACUUAUCCCAGAGGCUGCUCCAAGACGCCCCCGGCGGAGAAGAGGUAUUCGGAGUGGACUUCUAGUCCGAUCAGGAGGUGUGCACACCAUCCACCAGUUCCGACUAUAUUACUCGCUAAUGUUCAGUCCCUGGACAAUAAAGUAGACGAGCUCAGGGCGAGGAUCUCCUUCCAAAGAGACAUCAGGGACUGUAACAUCCUCUCUUUCACGGAAUCACUGUGACUAUUAAAACCUACCCAAACCAAAAACUGUGGCUAGAUGGCAGCAUUCGCGCAAAACUGAAAGCACGAACCCCCACAUUUAACCACGGCAAGGUGACUGGGAAUAUGGUUGAAUACGUUCAUUGCAGUUAUGCCCUCCGUAAGUCAAUCAAACAGGCAAAAUGUCAGUACAGAGACAAAGUGGAGUCGCAAUUCAACGCCUCAGACACGAGACGUAUGUGGCAGGGACUCGAGACGGAUUUCAAAAAGAAAACCAGCCAUGCCGCGGACACCGAUGUCUUGCUCCCGGACAAGCUAAACACCUUCUUUGCCCACUUUGAGGAUAACACAUUGCCACCGAUGCGGGCCGCUCCCAAGGACUGUGGGCUCUCGUUCUCCGUGGCCGAUGUGAGUAAGACAUUUAAGCGUGUUAACCCUCGCAAGGCUCCCGGCCCAGACGGCAUUCCUAGCCCCUUCCUCAGAGCAUGCGCAGACCAGCUGGCUGGAGUGUUUAUGGAUAUAUUCAAUCUCUCCCCUAUCCCAUUCUGCUGUCCCCACUUGCUUCAAGAUGUCCACCAUUGUUCCUGUACCCAAGAAAGCAAAGGUAACUGAACUAAAUGACUAUCGCCCCGUAGCACUCACUUCUGUCAUCAUGACGUGCUUUGAGAGCCUAGUUAGAUUCACUUCCAUUUGCAUACCGCCCCAAUAGAUCCACAGAUGAUGCAAUCGCCAUCGCACUGCACACUGCCCCAUCCCAUCUGGACAAGAGCAAUACCUGGAAACAACACUUCCAUUAUGCUGAUCCUCAACACAGGGGCCCCACAAGGGUGCGUGCUCAGCCCCCUCCUAUACUCCCUGUUCACCCAUGACUGCGUGGCCACGCACGCCUCCAACUCAAUCAUCAAGUUUGCAGACGACACAACAGUAGUAGGCCUGAUUACCAACAAUGACAAGACAGCCUACAGGGAGGAGGUGAGGGCCCUGGCGGAGUUGUGCCAGGAAAAUAACCCCUCCCUCAACGUCAACAAAACGAAGGAGUUGAUCGUGGACUUCAGGAGACAGCAGAGGGAGCACACCCCCCAUCCACAUCGACGGGGCUGCAGUGGAGAAGGUGAAAAGUUCCUCUGCGUACUCAUCACUGACAAUCUGAAAUGGUCCACCCACACAGACAUUGUGGUGAAGAAGGCGCAACAGUGCCUCUUCAACCUCAGGAGUCUGAAGAAAUGUGGCUUGGCCCCUAAGACCCUCACAAACUUUUACAGAUGUACCAUUGAGAGCAUCCUGUCGGGCUGUAUCACCGUCUGGUACGGCAACUGCACUGCCUGCAACCGCAGGGCUCUUCAGGGGGUGGUGCGGUCUAAUAAUGUUUACAUGAUGUUUUACCCACUUCAUACAGUGGGGAAAAAAAGUAUUUAGUCAGCCACCAAUUGCGCAAGUUCUCCCACUUAAAAAGAUGAGAGAGGCCUGUAAUUUUCAUCAUAGGUACACGUCAACUAUGACAGACAAAUUGAGAAUUUUUUUUCGAGAAAAUCACAUUGUAGGAUUUUUUAUGAAUUUAUUUGCAAAUUAUGGUGGAAAAUAAGUAUUUGGUCACCUACAAACAAGCAAGAUUUCUGGCUCUCACAGACCUGUAACUUCUUCUUUAAGAGGCUCCUCUGUCCUCCACUCAUUACCUGUAUUAAUGGCACCUGUUUGAACUUGUUAUCAGUAUAAAAGACACCUGUCCACAACCUCAAACAGUCACACUCCAAACUCCACUAUGGCCAAGACCAAAGAGCUGUCAAAGGACACCAGAAACAAAAUUGUAGACCUGCACCAGGCUGGGAAGACUGAAUCUGCAAUAGGUAAGCAGCUUGGUUUGAAUAAAUCAACUGUGGGAGCAAUUAUUAGGAAAUGGAAGACAUACAAGACCACUGAUAAUCUCCCUCGAUCUGGGGCUCCACGCAAGAUCUCACCCCGUGGGGUCAAAAUGAUCACAAGAACGGUGAGCAAAAAUCCCAGAACCACACGGGGGGACCUAGUGAAUGACCUGCAGAGAGCUGGGACCAAAGUAACAAAGCCUACCAUCAGUAACACACUACGCCGCCAGGGACUCAAAUCCUGCAGUUCCAGACGUGUCCCCCUGCUUAAGCCAGUACAUGUCCAGGUCCGUCUGAAGUUUGCUAGAGUGCAUUUGGAUGAUCCAGAAGAGGAUUGGGAGAAUGUCAUAUGGUCAGAUGAAACCAAAAUAUAACUUUUUGGUAAAAACUCAACUCGUCGUGUUUGGAGGACAAAUAAUGCUGAGUUGCAUCCAAAGAACACCAUACCUACAGUGAAGCAUGGGGGUGGAAACAUCAUGCUUUGGGGCUGUUUUUCUGCAAAGGGACCAGGACGACUGAUCCGUGUAAAGGAAAGAAUGAAUGGGGCCAUGUAUCGUGAGAUUUUGAGUGAAAACCUCCUUCCAUCAGCAAGGGCAUUGAAGAUGAAAUGUGGCUGGGUCUUUCAGCAUGACAAUGAUCCCAAACACACCGCCCGGGCAACGAAGGAGUGGCUUCGUAAGAAGCAUUUCAAGGUCCUGGAGUGGCCUAGCCAGUCUCCAGAUCUCAACCCCAUAGAAAAUCUUUGGAGGGAGUUAAAAGUCUGUGUUGCCCAGCGACAGCCCCAAAACAUCACUGCUCUAGAGGAGAUCUGCAUGGAGGAAUGGGCCAAAAUACCAGCAACGGUGUGUGAAAACAUUGUGAAGACUUACAGAAAAAGUUUGACCUGUGUCAUUGCCAACAAAGGGUAUAUAACAAAGUAUUGAGAAACUUUUGUUAUUGACCAAAUACUUAUUUUCCACCAUAAUUUGCAAAUAAAUUCAUUAAAAAUCCUACAAUGUGAUUUUCUGGAUUUUCUUUUCUAAUUUUGUCUGUCAUAGUUGACGUGUACCUAUGAUGAAAAUGACAGGCCUCUCUCAUCUUUUUAAGUGGGAGAACUUGCACAAUUGGUGGCUGACUAAAUACUUUUUUUCCCCACUGUAUGUAUAUACUGUAUUCUAGUCAAUGCCAUCCUAUUAAACUAUUGCUGUAUAUAUAUAUACAAUUAUAUCCUGCGUAUUCUACAUAUAUACUAAAUACUCUAUCCACAUACUGUCCAUAAUGUCUAUACAUCCCAUCAUAUAUAUAUAUUUAUACUCCGGACUCCGACAUUGCUCGUCCUAAUAUUUAUAUAUUUCUUAAUUCCAUUAUUUUACUUUUAGAUCUGUGUGUAUUGUUGUGAAUUGUUAGAUAUUACUGCCUGCUGGAGCUAGGAACACAAGCAUUUUGCUACACCUGCAAUAACAUCUGCUAAAUAUGUGUAUGCGACCAAUAACAUUUGAUUUGAUUUGUGUACUUUGUGUGAAUAUGUAUUGUAUAUUGCUGUGUGUGUGUUUCAGGUUGGAGGUGGUGUUCACUGGUAAGACAGUGGGCAUCAUGGUGAAGUCCAGUAAGACUCUGCAAGAUGCCCUCUCUGUUGUAUUACAGAAACACCAACUCAGAACACACGAGGCCAUGGUCACAAUGGUGAGGACUGUGUCUGUGUGUGUGUGCGUGUGUGUGUGUGUGUUAUAGAACGUCUUGAGGGAAUGUGUGUGUGUUCUAGAAAUUCUGAGUGAAUAUGUGUGUGUGUGUGAGAGAAAGUGUGUGUGUGAGAGAGUGUCUGUGUGUGAUCAUAUGUCCUGUUUUGCAGAGUGGGAGUGAUGUGCCACUGAGCAUGAGCACCAACGUGUUCAAACUGGCCAAUAAGAAGCUGCAGCUCUACAAGGUCAAAGGUGAAUACAUAGUGAUUAGCCCACACAUGUUAACUAGUGCUUUGUCCCAUGAUGAAAAUAAUAAUAAUGGACAGGAUUCAGGGCAUUGUAGUGCUGGGGUUGUGUAACCUCACUGGUGUUCCAGUCCAUGAACCCUCACACUACUACCUCUCUCUCUCUCUCUCUCUCUCUCUCUCUCUCUCUCUCUCUCUCUCUCUCUCUCUCUCUCUUCUCUCUCUUCUCUCUCUUCUCUCUCUCUCUCUCUCUCUCUCUCUCUCUCUCUCUCUCUCUUUCAAUUCAAUUCAAAGGGGCUUUAUUGGCAUGGGAAACAUGUUUACAUUGCCAAAGCAAGUUAAAUAAACAAAAGUGAGAAGACACAAAACAACAUCAACAAAAAACGUUUAGAAUUUAACUGAAAAUAUCCUUUAUUUAUUUUUUAAGAUAGACAUUUCAAGUGUUAUAUUAUCAGCGUUUUAUUUCCUUCUCUGUUUCUCUAAUGGAGAAGACAUCCUUCUCUGGCUCUUUCUAUUCUGCCUGCCCGUACACUAUUAUGCACUCCCCCCCAUGCUCUCUCUCUCUCUCUCUCUCUCUCUCUCUCUCUCUCUCUCUCUCCCUCUCUCUCUCGCGCGCGCUCUCUCUCUCGCACUCUCUCUCUAGUAGAUGUCUGAGUACAUUUGGCUUGUUGAGUGCUGUGUCACUGUGAGUUCACUCAUCUUCUCUCUCUACUGCUCUGGGACCAGAACUGCCUUCACGUUGGAUAAGUGGUCACUCCCUGAGGCCUACUCAUUACUGAGAGAGAGGGACUAGGAUAUACUGAGGAGAAAGGGACUGGGGGAAGGGGGGGGGGGGUCUUUUUUUAUCUAGCUUCUUCUGGGAAAAGUGCCUUUUAGGUGACUGAUGUCAGGGUUUUGCCUUAUGUCAAACUCCAUAACAUGUACACUAGCCUGCCUAUAACUGACUAUUGUUGUUGUGUUGUCUUUACAGUUAGCAGUUCCAGGGUCAGUGGCUCAACUCCAGUCACACAGGUGAGUCCUGCAUGGUGAUGGCCAGUUUGCAUGGUAAGGAAAAACUCCUGGCCCUACUCAUGUGUCCAGAGCUUAGCAUGUGAAGUAUUUGUGUGUUCUUCUGAAACAUUUCCAGGAGCGAGCUACAUCUCCAGUAGGCCCAGAGGUCAGUGUGUCCCCUCAGGCAGCCAACCCCAAGCCCAGGGUCAAGAAGAACCAAGAGAUGGAUGGUACGAGUCAGAACAAUGGGGUCAUGGCUUAUUUACUGCGCCUGUCUAAGACUAAACCCCAUAGACUUCCUAAUAGCUGUAACAAUAACCAUUUAGUCUCACCUUAGCCCUAGUCUGAGACAAACUGAAUACUUUCUCUCUCCCCUUUUCCAAUCCCUCUGUCUCUCUCUCAGCGAUGAUAGAGCUGUUGUCCAGAGCUCAGGCCUGUAGGGUGGAUGACCAGAGAGGCCUGCUGACCAAGGAACACCUAGAGCUGCCCCAGUUCCUCCUGAAACCCCCUACCCAGGACCAGGAGACCCAACAGGGGGAUGGAGCGCCCACAGACACUAAGAAGGAGUCAGAUAACCAACCCACCACCUCCUCCACUCCCACCCCUGUUGGAGAAGCAGAGUCAGGAGAGUGUGUAACAGACUCAUCAGGUUCCAAACACAUAGGCUCACAAUAAACAAGUGUCUGAGAGAGAACGCUUUUAUAAGUGUAACUUUUACUUUGUGUGCCUGGUGUAAGUGCGAGAGUGUGUGUGUCAACAUGCUGAGGUCAGGUUUGGUCAAAGGGAUGUUGACACAUGUAGCAAUUCAUCCUGUUUAAAGAUUGAUUAUCAAAGAUUAUAUAACUACUACAAAAGACAACACUGUCUUUUGCUCCUAGAGUGUGUUGAAGUAUGUUGUCUAGCACAAGUUGUGCACAGGAAGACCACAACUAUUAAGAGACCUAGUCAAGCACUUUUGCUUAUGAUUGUCUGAAUAAGGUCAGCGACCAAUGUGUUAUCACUGUCUCUGGUACGAAACUUUAUUAACUCU